AUGCUGGCUGCUAGAUUAGCUGUUGUGACUGGCGGAGGCUCAGGAAUUGGAAAGGCGAUAUGCCAGAAGCUGGCGGAGCAAGGUGCAAGAGUUUUGGUGGCAGAUUUACGGAAGGAAACUGCAGAGAGCACUGCGAAAGCUUUGAAAGGUGAAAAUCAUCUACAUUUUGCGGUAAAUGUGGCGAAGGUUAGUUAUUUUCCUUGUUUUUUUGAAUUUCGAGUGAGAAUAAACAUAUUUUGUAGGAAGAAGAAGUUGCAAAUCUUCAAAAAUUCAUCGAAACCAUCCCAAAUUCCCCAGAAAUUCUGAUAAAUUGUGCGGGAAUCACAAGAGAUUCGACACUUUUGAAAAUGUCUACGGAACAAUGGAAAGAAGUUGUUGAUGUGAAUUUAACGAGUGUAUUUCUGAUGUCAAAAAUGUUGGCGAGACUUGCGAUCUCGAAUGAAAAACCGCUGUCAAUUGUGAAUGUUUCGAGUAUUGUGGGAAAAAUUGGGAAUUUUGGACAGACUAAUUAUGCGGCUACAAAAGCGGGAGUUGUUGGAUUCACGAAAUCUGCGGCGAAAGAAUUGGCGAAGAAGGUUUGAAAAUUUGGGAAUUUCUGAGAAACUUUUUGUUUUUCAAUUGAUUUUUAGUAAAGAGUUUGAGAUUUUCUGUAGGAAUUUGAAGCUUUACCAAUAAAUUUCAAAUUUUUGAAAAUUAUAAAUCAUUUUCAUACAAUUAAAAAAGUUUCCUUUCCUGAGAAAACCUUAGAUUUUCAGGAAAAUGUGUGAAAAAUUACAUUUUUUCUGAAAAUCCCAAUUUUCUUCCAGAACAUUCGAGUCAAUUCAAUCCUCCCUGGUUUCAUCGCCACUCCAAUGACCGAAAAAAUGCCGGAAAAAGUGCUUCAAGCUAUAAUCGCAACAAUUCCUCAAGGAAAAAUGGGUUCUCCCGAAGAUAUUGCAAAUGCCGCGCUUUUCCUGGCUUCCGAUCAAAGUUCGUAUAUCACUGGAGCGACUUUAGAAGUCACUGGUGGAUUUGCAAUGUGA